AUGGACAGGACAAGGCUGGAUUUAAGAUUUCUUCCCUCUGGAUCGACACCAUCAGAGGAGUCGGCAUUGGAUCUGGAAAGAAAUUACUGUAAUCAUCCCAAUUUGCCUUCAUCAAGUCCACCACCACUACAAGGCUUAACAUCAGGUGGUCAGCACUCCGAGAGCAAUGCUCCCUACUUCUCAUGGCCUACUUCCAGCCGGUUAAAUAAUGCAGCAGAAGAUAGGGCAAAUCACUUUGGGAACCUUCAGAAGGGUGUUCUGCCUGAAACUCUUGGGCGAUUGCCAUCGGGACGGCAAGCCUCCUCCUUGCUUGAACUGAUGACUAUUAGGGCAUGUCAUAGCAAAAAUCUGCGCCGCUUUAGCCUUGGCACGGCAAUUGGGUUUCGGAUUCGGCGUGGAGUAUUGACUGAUAUACCAGCUAUUCUUGUCUUUGUCGCCAGAAAAGUUCACAAGCAGUGGCUCAGCCAUAUCCAAUGUCUACCAUCUGCUCUUGAGGGAUCUGGGGGUGUAUGGUGUGAUGUUGAUGUUGUAGAGUUCUCCUAUUUUGGUGCACCUGCAGCAACUCCAAAGGAACAAUUGUAUACAGAGCUUGUAGAUGGCUUGCGGGGAAGUGAUCCAUUCAUUGGUUCUGGGUCCCAGAAGUUUAUUGAUGAGAAUCACUCGCCGUUGUCGCAUCUAGUGGCUGGCUCAUCGAAGAAAUACCCAGUCACUGUUGCCGUUUUUAUUGGUGCUUGA